AUAUAACUAAAAUAAUGAAAAAGCUCAUAACAUUUUGUAUAGAAAUAGCCAUAGACAAUCACAGCUCAACAGCUUUUUAUCUCACCUCUCACUCUCAGAUCAUUCUUGUUUCAUAUACUUCUGUCUCUCUCUCUCUUUCCUCACAUUUCAUCUCUUUCUCUCUCUGUCUCUCUUGCCUUUUCUAAUUGAGAGUUUGGGAGAAAGUGAAGAAGAAGAAAAGGUUUUGUUCAUUUUAGCAGCUUCAAGCUUUCUCAACCCACCUGAGUUUUUCUCCAUUGCUCUCAUGUGAGUUUCAGUCUUUUUCAUCACUUUUCUUUGUGACUUUGUCUCUAUUUCAGCCUUCCAAAUCUCAGAUCCUCUGUUUUUCUUCAUUUCAAUUUCUUUUUAACUUUUUCCUCUCUAUAUUGGGAUCUGACACUACGAAACUGGUUUGGUCAAAGAGACUCAUCCUUCAGACAAGAACGCUAAGAAACAGAAUCUUGUUCUUCUUCUUCUUAUCAUCUCUCUUUCUCUCUCAGAUUCCAUUUCCAAAUGCCAUUUUGAUAGAUCAGAACCCCAAACUCUCUUUUCUCUCUCUCUCUUUCUUUAACAUCCACCAUUGAUAUAGAAAGAGACACAAGUUCAACGAUCGUUGAAAAAACAUGAACCGAGGAAUCCAAGUCAUGUCACCAGCAACAUACUUAGACACAUCAAACUGGUUGUUCCAAGAAAACAGAGGAACUAAAUGGACACAUGAAGAAAACAAAAAGUUCGAAAACGCCUUAGCCUUUUACGACAAAGACACUCCCGACAGAUGGAACAAAGUCGCCGCCAUGCUCCCCGGAAAAACCGUCGGAGAUGUGAUCAAACAGUACAGAGAGCUAGAGGAAGAUGUCAGCGACAUCGAAGCUGGUCUGAUCCCGAUCCCUGGCUACGCCUCCGAUUCAUUCACACUUGAUUGGGGUGGUUACGACGCUGGAAACAAUGGGUUUAACAUGAACGGAUAUUACUUCUCCUCAGUCGGAGGAAAGAGAGGAUCCGCCGUGAGAGCGGCGGAGCAUGAACGAAAGAAAGGUGUUCCAUGGACAGAAGAAGAACACAGACAAUUUCUGAUGGGUCUAAAGAAAUACGGAAAAGGCGAUUGGAGAAACAUAGCUCGAAACUUCGUAACUACACGGACGCCAACGCAAGUCGCAAGUCACGCUCAAAAGUAUUUUAUAAGGCAAGUCAACGGCGGCAAAGACAAACGCCGAUCAAGCAUCCAUGAUAUCACCACUGUCAACAUCCCAGACUCUCCUGAUGCCGCUGCCACUGAUACCGCAACCGCAAACGCACCAUGCUCACCACCGUCAGUAGGAGGAAGCCAGCGGGAGGCGUCAGAUCAAUGGGAAGGUCAAACCACAUACGAUGAAGCAACGGCUGCGUUUUACAAUCAAAACGUGUUUCAAGAAACGCUACUCGGAAUGUCCUCAACACCGUACAUGGCAAAACUGCAGGAGCAGAGUUUUCUAAACGCAUCGCAAUUCGAAUCGUACAAUGCGUAUCUCCAAAUGUAGCACAAGGUGAAGAUCUCGGAGAAGUUACCGAGUUAAUAAUCAUUAAUAACUUGUUUACUCUUUUGUUUUUAUUACUUGAUCCUCGCGGCGUGCAUAUACAAAAAUUUAGCUGCUUCUUUUUAUUCAGAGAUAUUUAUGUUUCCGCGCUAUAUUUUUUGUUGUUGAUUCAACGAGAUUUCAGCAAGUUAAUUAGGUUUUGUUUAUUUUAAUAUCUGAGUGAUUAACUUUGCAUUUUGUGUUUGUGUGAUUUGGACCUAUAAUUUUUGUUGUGUGAGUGGUGUCAUGUAGUGUAGCCUUUUGUUACGUUUUCCAUUAUUGAUGGAUUUU